AUGGCCGAAUACUCCAACUUAAAGAAAGCCGACUUGGUCUCCGUGCUCAAGAAACUCGGUGUCCACACUGUCUCCAAAGACACCAAGAAGGUGUUGGUAGACAAGGUCGAGAAGUACAUUGAUGAGACACCAAAUGGAUCCUCCAUUGUCUCCGGUCUCGUUGAAGCACAGAUUGACGAAGAAGAUGAAAACGAAGCCAUUGACGAGACUACUUUGAACGAAGAAGCCGACGAUGACGAAGAUGACGAUGCAGCUGAAGUCAUCCCUACAGCUACUGAAUCUGAAGCUGCUGACGAAGAUGACAAGGACUAUGAGGCUCCUCCUCCUCUCAGUUUGAAGGAAUGGAUCGCUGACCCUUUGAUCGAGCAAUGGGAAAAUGUCUUGAGCAAAGUCUACGAGUUCACCGACUCCGUGGGUAUCACUGUGUUGGAAUACUCUGACGACUUGAGAGAAAAGUUGUCUAAGUCGAUCACCUUGAACUACCUCGAGGUGUUGGUUGAAUUCUUCAUCUUCAUCUAUACAACUGUGCCUCUCGUUGCUCUCAAGGAUAACGGUGCCAAUCUUCAGCUUUUCAAGGAUAAUAUUCCUUUCUUAGCUGAAUCCACCAUUCUUCUUCCAGACUUCACCGCUCUUCUUGCUCACAGCGCCUUGUCUAUCUUCUUUGUGUGGUUUAUCUUGGCUGUCUUGUUCCCAUUGACAGUAUCGUACUUUGUCAACUUUACCAGAAGGGUUCUUAUCUUUGACAACAACGAAGGGGCUGUCGCUAGAAUCUACUCUUACGAUCCUUUCACCUUCGCUUUGAGUAAGCUUGUAGUCUUCUACCUCGUCUCGCACAACUUGGCUCCAUUCCUUACCUUGUCUAAGGGUUCUUGUUUCCCUGCUUCAGUGUAUAACUUUGUUGUUGUACAGCUUGGUUACUACUUGAAGUUCAACGCCGUCUUGGGCCCACUUCCAUGGAUCCUCGGCGCUUCUAACAUCUUGAUUUCCAUCUACUCUCAAUUCGAGGAAUUUUAG